AUGCCUGACUCCGAAGAAACAACUGCAUCGGCAGCACCAAAGCGCCCCCAUUCCGCCGUUGAUGGUGACAGCAAUGACGACGAUUCUUCCUCCGACGAUGAUUUCGGUCCCGCGCUGCCCUCUGAGGUGGCACCCAAGAAGAAGCGGAGAAAGCUGCCUUUUGAGAAGGUUUACGUUACAGCACUGCCUGCGUCGCCGCGCUACUCCAAGUCGCUCAUGCACAAGGAGCAAUUGUCCUUCGUGACGUUCACUCCGUUUACCGACUUUGUAAUAACCAGCUCUAUUGAUGGAGUGGUCAAGUUCUGGAAAAAGAUGGCCGACGGGAUCGAGUUUGUCAAGGAAUUCCGCGCCCACCCUGGCGAAAUCCGCAGUACCGCUGUCAGCGCCGACGGCCGCAGUUUUGCGACAGCGGGAACCGACAAGACGGUGAAGAUCUUUGAUGUGAUUACUUUCGAUCUUCUGGCCUCAUAUCCUCUGGAGUUUACGCCGAGGUGUGUCUGCUGGGUACACCGACGCGGCGCUUCUUUGCCCCUGUUGGCGGUGACAGAUGAGACUAGCAGCACGAUUAAUGUCUUCGAUGGGCGCGGUGAGAACCCUCAGCCUAUGCAUACGGUGACCUCGGUCCAUCGCAAACCAGUGGUGUCAAUCGCAUUCAAUAAUGCAUACGACUGUGUGAUCUCAGCUGAUGAGUCGGGCAUGGUCGAGUAUUGGCGGGCUGGAGAUGGAUCCUUUGAAAAGCCUGACAACGUGUUCGAGCUCAAGUCGUCGACCAACUUAUUUGCAUUCAAAAAGGCCAAAUCCGUACCGACGGCCAUUACCAUGUCGCCUUCGGGCGAACAAUUUGCGACUGUCUCCUUCCCGGAUCGUCAGAUACGAGUAUUUGAGUUCGCGACUGGCAAGCUCUAUCGCACAUAUGAUGAGUCAAUAGCGACUAUCACCGAUAUGCAACAGGCCGGCACUGCACCUUAUCAACUGGACGAAGUGGAAUUCGGGCGACGGCUGGCCGUGGAGCGGGAGCUGGAGGGAGAAACGAUGCGAGACAAGAUCAAUGUCUCCUUCGACGAGUCGGGCCAUUUCCUACUUUACGGAUCUCUUUACGGCAUCAAAUGCAUCAACACGUACACCAACCGGGUGGUGCGGGUUUAUGGCCGCGACGAGCCUUUUCGAGCUCUCAACCUCACCCUCUACCAGGGACAACCGCAGCGCAAGGGCGUGGUGACCGUUUCGAUGGCUGCUAGCAGCAAUCCGCUCCUGCAAGAGGCCGAGGCGCGUGAUCCUAUCCUUAUCAGCACCGGGUUCGCCAAGGUCCGAUUCUAUAUGUUCACCAACGAAACCGAGGUGUCCAAGUCGACUCGUGACGUGCAGAAUGAGAAGCCGACAGAAGGCGCGGGAGGAACCAAGGCGGCUGGCCCCAAGGCUGGCGAGACUGGCACCGCGGCCAUUCUGCAUACAACGAUGGGCGAUAUCCACCUGCGAUUGUACCCGUCUGCGGCACCUCGCACCGUGGAGAACUUUGUUACACACGCCCGCCGGGGAUACUACAACAAUACCAUUUUCCACCGUGUCAUUCGCAAGUUCAUGAUCCAAGGUGGUGAUCCGCAGGGCGACGGUACCGGCGGUGAGUCCAUCUGGGGCGGCGAGUUCAACGACGAGUUCUCCAGCUUGAAACACGACAAGCCAUACACGCUGUCUAUGGCCAAUGCUGGGCCCAACAGCAACGGUAGUCAGUUCUUCAUCACGACGGAGAAGGCAUCAUGGCUCGACAACAAGCACACCAUUUUUGGGCGAGCUGUUCAGGGGCUGGACGUGGUGCACAGGAUUGAGAAUGUCAGGACGUUCAAGGAGAAGCCAGAGGUCGACGUCAAGAUUAUCAGCAUCACGGUUUCGUGA